CCCUGCCGCGCUACGCGCCCCUCCUCCCGUUGCCCGCCGAACCAACCCUCCGCCGUCCCUAAACCCCUGUCUCUCUACACGUCGUUGCCCCACCCAUCUCCGCCUGAUCUGGCAGCCGGAGCUCGUGGAGAGCCCAUGCUGCGCCGGGUCGAGAACCCCAACGGUGGGGCGGAGGCGCCGCUGGCGGGGGCGUGCGAGGGGCGAGGCAAUGGACAGCCGCAUGCGGGGCUCGAGUGGGCGGCGGCAAUGCGGAGAGAAGUGCGCUGCAACGCGCCUGAAGUGAGGAGGUGCUCGAGCUCGCAGAGGCGGAUGCCCAGCAACCUAGCAGAGCUCUGCUCAUCGCAAUUUCGCGGAAGCACAUCUGUACCAGCGAUAGUGGCGGCGGCGGCGGCGUUCUCAUCCCUUGAAACAGGUUGCGCCUUCGCUGGCGUGUGCACGAGCAACAGCGCCGUGGUGCCCUCCGCAGUCCACACCGUGCUCACCCUGCAAUCACUGCCUGACGAUGACGAGCAUGUCAGAAGCUCUAGCGGCUAUUGCUCCUUCCUGAAAUGGUGUCUGUUCUGCCGACAAGGUGCUCGAUCAAAUGCCAUGCCCAUGGAAAGUUUCAUUACGAAUCAAUACACUACAUUCCUGAUCACAACUAGAGGAAGUAGUAACAGGGUAUCGUUGAUCUUUUGGUUUAUAUAUUCCCCGUGAGGCAUUUCCACCUAGGUUAACUGUGGUUUCAUCUAAUACAAAUAGUACAAAUAACUCAAUGUUUUUUUCAGGGAACAACAAGAGAGUGAGAGCCCCACCUGAACACUUGAUAUGUUAUAAUGCAAUGACCCUGCUGCUUACCAUCUGAUGCUUUGUACUGCUAGGUGAUAAUAAGUCUUAUAAACACGCAAUUUCCACCUUACCAAGAUUCUACCAUAAAAACUACCUUUUAUGGGUAAUACCGUAAGUGCCAUGAGAUUUCAUCAUCCUUGCAUUACUGACAAUCUAUUCCAAAACAGUAAGUCUUCAUUCUACAUUUCUACUUCAAUAUUCUUUUAGUGUAUAAAUUAAUACUUCUAGCAUUUAAGCUGAUAUUCCUUGAUUGCUUGGCGGCAAAUGUAUCUGAAAUUAAAUCGAAUUAUUCCUCGAUUCACCAAAGCAACAAAUAUUUUAUAAAUAUAUUUCCUUCAUUCUCUAAAAGUUGACUGCAAGUAACACUCUUGCUUAUUUUUGUGCUUCAAAACUGACAUCCCUAUUACAAUGACUUCUUCUUUGAGGCAAAACAAUACAUAAUUCAGUCCAAAGCUCAUGGCAGGAGAUAAGCCCUUCUGUUCCUCUCUAUUUUUAUCCGGGCAGCACCUAUUGUUCACCAUGACAGAACCUUUCCAAACGGUGAAAGUUCCUGCAUCAAAUGUAGGCAUCUGACAACUUACAGUAGGCAAGAUUUGCUCUUGAGCAAGAUUGAGCCAUCUAUAUUUGAUCUGUGCAAUGCCUGUCAAAAAUAUCCAUAGAUUGGGUAUAUGCAUAUGCAGGAACAUAACUCUGAAUUUUCCAGUGCCACAGUGAGCUCCAAACAUGAAGGCAACAGGAGUCUUUCCACCCAUAUAUGGCACCGUCUGGUCCAACAUAAGGUAUACAUUAACAAUGUUUAAUCGUAGUCUCAAGAAGACCCUACUUGUUCUAUAUGCAGUUAGGAGCAAGAAGAUGGUUUCUGCGCAAUCAUUAGCUGCCCAAAUGCUUAUUCCUUGUGGUCUGCAUUCAGAAACAUUUGCCAAUUGUCUGCAGAAUCAAAAUGAUGCAAAUCUGACCCAGAUUGGUUAUUUCUACUCGACUGAGUUACAAACUGCUCUCAAGUACUUAUGAUCCUUUGCCACAUUAGGCAUGUAACAAAUGAUUUUGUGCAUGGCAACAAGGCAGCUCAGCCCCUAUG